AUGGAUUGCGUCGGUGCAUCGAGGAAGGUAUUUGAAUACAUGCAUCGGAAACCGGCUAUGGCUUUAGAUGGAACGGAAAGGCCUGUGUUGAGAGGGACUGUUCGAUUCGAAGACGUCUACUUUACCUAUCCUUCUCGUCCGAAUAACCCUGUCUUAAAGGUGGUUCUGAAUUUGACCAUUCCGGCUGGAUCAAUUGUGGCUCUAGUAGGCCCGAGCGGUGGCGGGAAAUCGUCGAUUGUGUCCCUACUGCAGCACAUGUACGAGCCAAACAGCGGAACGAUCACCAUUGACGACAUUCCUUUGAAGAAAAUCGAUCAUGAGUAUUUUCACGAGAACGUAGUUCUAGUGGCACAAGAACCAGUUUUGUACAAUGGAAGUAUCAGAGAUAAUAUUCUUUAUGGAUGCGACUGGGCGACGGAGGAAGAUAUGUUGGAGGCCGCUGAGAUGGCCAACGUGAACGGUUUCGUCAUGGAGUUGGAAAAGAAUUACGACACCAUGUGUGGAGAUCGAGGCGUACAAAUGUCGGGCGGUCAGAAGCAACGUAUAGCAAUUGCGCGUGCACUGGUACGGAAACCUUGCGUACUUGUCCUGGACGAAGCUACAAGUGCUCUCGAUGCCGAGUCAGAAGCUCAGGUCCAGGAGGCAAUCAAUCGAUGCUCUGGCAAACUCACCGUUUUGAUUGUCGCUCAUCGUCUUUCAACCGUCGAAAAAGCUGAUACAAUUGCUGUAAUCCAGGAAGGAAGUGUUGUGCAGAUCGGUACGCAUCAAAGUCUCAUGAAGACCCUGAAGGACUGUACUAUGCGUUAG